CAAGUUUUAUUUGCUUUUCUUCAUGCAUGACCCAGCAAAUACCAUCAAUAGACUAACCAAAUCAAACGUUUGGUAAAAGCAAGGUGGCAACUUCCGAGAUCAAAUCAUAAUUGCACCCAAUCGUAGAUAUUUUCAUUUUCAUUGCAUUCAAUUGAAACAUGCAACAUGAAUUCCGAGAUGCCUGUCAUACAGCUUCAUCAUUGCCUUAAGUCAUUUCAGGUUAUCUAAUCAAAUUGAUUCACUCGCCACAGUAUGAUGUUUGCAUUUAGAAAGCGAAACACGUUUCAGCAUUUUUUGUUGGUGGAUUUUUGCAUUAUUUGAUUUUUUAAUAACUGCUAAAGAUGAGACUUGUAAGAAAAUAAAAAUUCCAACUUUUUUUUCCAUUUCAGGUCUGAUGAGCAACAACAGCAACACUCUUUCCACGGUCCAUCACAAGUGACAGUUCCGUCAACAGCUGCUGCUCCAUCAGAGCCAGUUUCAUACUCUCAUGAUAUGGGUUAUGAUGCGGCUGCGCAACCACAAUUGCAACUGUAUCAACAAUCACCACCAUCACAUCAAGAAGUAGAACAACAACAACAAGAACUAAUCCAAUACCCAAUUGGCAAUGGAAUUCGUGAACAGAACUAUGCUCAACACGUGUAUGGACUGUCUCCAGAUGUACUUUUCCAGUCUCAAAAGGACAUUGAAUAUGCUAAACCAGCCGAAGACUAUGGGCUACCACCAAAACAGUACCUAAAAAAGCAGGAAUAUUCCCAGAGGGAUUAUUCUCAAGAUGUAACACCGCCAAAGCCAACACAAAUGCCGCCAACACCUAGCUAUCAACCAGAGAUUCGUUAUUCCAACCAAAUGAAAUCUGUUGAGUAUCAAAGUCAGCCAUCACAAGUUGAUUCGAGUCCUUCGAAUUCCUAUCAAAAUACAAAAAAAUCACCGGAGUCAGCUUUGAGCUACGGAUAUGAAAAUCAAUUGGUACAAGCAAGCACAAGCACCUCCAAAUCACAAAACUAUUACUUAAGCCAUCAGAAUGAAUUCAAGUACAACCCAAAAGCUGAAGAGAAUGAAAAGCCAGUCCUAAGCGAAAACUAUGAAAACUACCCACAGCCCACAGCACCUUCUGAGACUCAAACGUACUAUUUAAAUCAUUUAAAAGAAAUCAAGUCCGUUCAUCAGGCUGAAAGUGCUCAAAAGCCUGCCAUUACCUAUGGACCUCCCGACACGGUUGGAAAAGAACCUGAGAUUGAAUAUGGGGUUCCAGAUGCUCCAUUCCGUCGACCAGUGGCAGAAUCCAACCAAGACGUUUAUGCCCCACGACGACCAUCAUCUUCAGGCCGAUCGGGUAAAUCUUUUGCCGUAAGCUUCCCUUAUCCUCCAUCGUUUGUUAGCUUCACUACGACAGAGAAACUACCUUCUGAAAAGUCAACAUCCUCAGUUAUAGAAUCAUCUUCAAAUAACGAAGUCAAUCCCUGGCGUCCAAUACAUGUGUCGAGACCAUCCCUAGGAAGUAAAUAUCGCUCAUUAGGACAAACUUUCGAGUCUAGCAAAAGUCAUCAAUCCCCGCUACCCGACUUCUUCCACACUCGUCGAUCCAAGAGUCUACUUGAUUCUUAUAUUCCGAGUUGGCUGGUCCGUCGAAUGCAAGAAGAACAUUCCCGUCGUGGUGAAGAAGGUCUGGCACAGCAACAAAGCUAUACUAUUACAUCUCCUCAAGCUGAGGAUAGUUACAACACAAUAUCAUAUUCUUCUAAUGAAAAUAUUUAUGGCAGCCAUUUUAAGCGAUCCAUUUCUAAGAGAAAAGGCCAUCAGCAAAAAAAAGUUCCAACUUCGGAUGAGGAGAUGACUGCAGUGGAAUAGAAGUAGGGAUAGGGCACUCACUUUGAUGGAAAAGUGUGGUGUCUGACUAGUUCAACUUUGAGACUUUGAGCUGAUUGGUUCUUUCUAUAUAAAACAAAAUAUUAUAUUUAUUUUAUUCUCUGAAUUGUUGCAUAGAAAACAAUUAAUUUUUACCCUGAUAUUUUAAUACCGUCUAAGUUAAUCAGUAGAUAGUUUUAAGACAAA